AUGGCCAACCGCGCAAACCAGCAAUCGUCCGCAGCAAAUGCAUCUGGUGCAGUCCACCAACCCGCCGCCCACCCUGGUCUCCUCCGCAACUUCCAGUCCUCGCCCCCACCUCCAGGCUCGCCACCUUCCGCCCGCAGUGGUCUCGCUGCACGACGCACACGUCCAAACUUCAACAUUCGGGAUAUUAUCGGGCCCGAGGGAGGAGGCGGUGCUAGUGGUGCAGGCCUCGGACAAGGUGUUCCCCUUGCCGCGCGAGAUGAGAUGCCUGUCCGACGCCCUCCCGCUGGCUCUGGCAGUCCCUUCUCUAACUUCGAUAAAAUUGUUGAUCCCUCCGGUGCACUUAAUUUCACCGGCAAGGCGGUUCUGCAUGCCGCGGGCGUAGACUUCUCAAAUGGCUCAUCUUUUGCAAUCAACAUGUCUCAAAUGCAGUUACUAGAAGAAUUAGGUCACGGAAAUUAUGGAACCGUGAAAAAGGUCUUGCACAAACCGACGAACGUUCUUAUGGCUAUGAAGGAAAUACGGUUAGAAUUGGACGAUGCAAAACUGAAUGCCAUCCUAAUGGAGCUAGAUAUUCUACAUCGCGCUAUCUCGGACGAGAUUGUGGAAUUCUACGGUGCCUUCUUCAUUGAAUCCUGUGUUUACUAUUGCAUGGAGUACAUGGACGCUGGUUCGCUCGAUACCCUCCAAGUGGCAGGUGUUCCAGAAGACGUCCUUGCACGCAUUACGCACAAAAUGGUUCGGGGUCUCAAAUUCCUUAAGGACGAAUUACAGAUUAUCCAUCGUGACGUGAAGCCGACGAAUGUCCUCGUCAAUAGGAAGGGCCAAAUCAAACUUUGCGACUUCGGUGUCUCGGGGCAACUUGAGAAGUCCCUUGCAAAAACAAACAUUGGCUGCCAAUCUUACAUGGCUCCCGAGCGCAUCAAGGGCGAAUCCCAAAAUAACUUGGGGACGUACACCGUGUCUUCUGACGUAUGGUCACUUGGUCUAUCUAUCAUUGAGAUUUCGAUGGGGCGAUAUCCGUAUCCACCGGAAACGUACUCGAAUGUCUUUGCUCAAUUGACAGCGAUUGUUCAUGGACCACCUCCCGAAUUAUCCGACGAGUAUUCGGAUCAAGCUCAGGACUUCGUACGAAGGUGUCUCGUGAAAGAGCCUUCAGGACGGGCUACGUAUUCCGAGAUGCUGGAACACCCCUUUCUUCUCGAGGAUCGAACACGAGAGGUUGACAUGCGGGGCUGGGUGGAACGCGCGAUGGCAUACCGCGAGGCGAAUAGUGCCUCGCCUGCAUCAUCAAACUCAUCGUCGGCAUCAUCUACUUUGGAGUCAUAG